UUGUAUCUUACGCUCUGACCGGUUUAUAAUCUCUGACCGCUGAAUUCAUCAGCAUAUGAGAUAAAGUUGCUCAUGCAGAUAGACAGAGAUGCUAGCUGGAGUUCUUCUUCUGAUAUUUCUGCCUCCCCUGGUGGCAAAGGAUCUCUGUAAAGACAGUCAAGAUGGAUUUAAAGUCAGACUAAGCAUUAAAAUGGCCCUCGGAGAGGAUGCCUAUGAGUGGAAUGAGAGCGAGAUGUUUCUUUUCAGAUCUACUCUGGCGUAUGCGAUGAGGAAACAAACUAAGAACGACAUGUAUGACAUUACCAACAUACUGGUGUGCAAUGAUACACCAAGAGUGUCGUUCGUGUUCGUGGUGACGACCCCAGGUCAUCCAGACCAACUGAUCCUCAAAGAAAAAGUAGAACAAGCAGUGAGGCAGAAUAAGCAUCGCAUAAACAAUGCAUUCCUGUUAUCGGACAUGACCCUGGAGUUUGUGGGAAUCCCGCCGACGCUGUCGGCCCCGAUCAUAUAUGACACUGAACCCUGGCUCAUCGUGUUUGGGGUGGUCAUUGGUGCCGUGGCUGUGGGGAUCGUGGCUUUACUGAUGUCCACAGUAAGCAAAAAACGACGAGCCAAAGAAAAAGCUGCUGGUCUUUCAGAAGAGGAUGAAGGAAUAGUCAAAGAGAACGGAACCGCACUUUCGAGUUUUGGUGGGAAAGAAGCCGUCUAUAAUCAAGCGUUCUCAAAUGACGACCGCUUCACCAAGCUGUAGACACCGAUGACAGCCAAAGUGAAAUAGUAAAGCCAUUCAGAUUCACUGAAUAACCUAUAAAAUGCUUCACAUAUAACUAAGAAUUUAUAGCCUCCUGUAUACUGUCCUGGAAUGCACAGAAACAAGAUUGAGUAUUUAUAUAUUACUUUGUUGAGUUUUGCUGUUAGUUUCAAAGCUAACACCGUGUCCUAAUCAAAAUAGUUUUUUUCUUUUUUUUUGAGAAAUUGUUUUAGAAAUAAUGUUUAUUUCUGUAGCUGGAACAACAUACAAAUUAUGACAAUGAUAAUCUCAGGAACUGAUUAAGUGCUUCAUUAUUAUUAUUAAUGUUAAAACUGUCUAAUAUGACCUGGAAUAUAUAGCCAUACUGAAAAUGACCAUGGAAAAUUUACCUCAGAUCUUGAAGAUAUAUACAAAUAAAUAUUAAUUCUAUAACUGUGAACUCAGUGUGAAAAAAUAAAAUAAAAUAUGCUUUUAGUCACUCAACUUUUCUCUGAAUUUAGUUUUUAUCUCACAAUUAGGAGUUUUUUUCUUGCAAUACUGAGAAAAAAUGAUUACAAUGUAUUCAUUCUAAAUUGUGAGAAAAAGUCAUAUUGUGAGAUGUAGAAUUAUUUGAUUUAAACUCAGAAUUGCAAGAGAUAAAAUCAAAUCUUAGAGAAAAGGUCAGAAUUGUGAGGUUCAGACGCGUAAAUAGGAAUCAUUACUCGCUGUUGUGGGAAAAAGUCUGAAUCGCAAGAUAUAAACGUGAAAUCUGGGGGAAAAGUCUGAAUUGUGAGAAAUAAACGCGCGAUUGUGAGAAAA